AUGGGUAACGAUGGAGGAUCCAUUCCUAAACGUCGCGAGCUGGUCAAGGAAUCCGCCCGCGCCCUCACCGUCAGCGAGCUAAAGGCAAACGUCCUCGAGUCCCUCGGUCACGCUUGGAGCAACGAUCCUCUAUCGAAUCAACCCCUCGACAAAGAGAACAUUGUGUCGGACUGGCGCGGUCGCCUAUACAAUUACGAAUCCAUCCUCCAAGGCCUCAUGCCAUCCGACGACAGCACCGAGUCGCCACCAUCUAAUCCCGAAUCCCAAGAACUCACAUUUGCUUCGACCGGCAUCAAGUCGUUGCGCGAUAUUGUCAAGCUCAAGUUCCACAAGCAUACACCACCAGGCACCAAGAAGGAUAUCUGGGUCUGUCCCAUCUCUCUCAAGGAGCUGGGCCCACAAGUCAAGUCCGUCUAUCUGGUACCAUGCGGGCAUGUGUUUGCCGAGGUUGCUAUCAAGGAGAUCCAAGAGUCAGCAUGUCCAGAGUGCAGUGAAGAGUUCAAGAGCGAGAACGUGGUACCAAUCUUGCCAACCGAGGAGCGCGACCUCAGGAAACUGGUGCAAAGAAUGGACGAUUUGACCGCUGCAGGGCUUACACACGGCUUGAAGAAAGACAAGAAAGCUGGCGGCAAAAAGAAGCGCAAGGCAGAGGAUGAUGCCAAGGAAAAUGGCAACGGCGACAAGCCUGAGAAGAAGAGGGCUACGGAUGAUGCAAAGGCUGCAAAGAAGGAGAGCAAGACGAGCAACAUUAACAAUCCAAUGGCCGCAUCAUUAACAGCCAAGGUCUUGGCUGAACAAGAAGAGCUCAGCAGGCGGAGGAAGAUGGCAUCAUCAAGAGGUUAA